AUGUCGACCAGCUCUUCUUCUUCGUCCACCUACUCGACGCCUGGCCUCACUCCGCCCCUCGCCAAUGACCCAGCGACAGCCGAGACGCUAACGACGCCGAUCAAGUCACUCAGGCCGGCAGCCAAUAACAACAACGGCGUUGCAGGCCUCGCAAAACCUACGCUGGCUCGAGCAGGUAGCUCUGAUGGCGACACGGCACUAGCAAAUGGGGCCGUUGAUCCAACGACGCCUUUCGAAUUGACCGAACAUGUAGAGAGACUGCUGGAUGAGCUCGAGCGCAGGCUUGAGAGCAUCACGACCGAUGUUCUCGAUCGAUGCAACCUGCCUGCAGUGUCGCAAGUUGUGGGCAAGCUCGACGGCCUCGAGCAGCUCUACAACGAUAUGGCGGAUGGACUUGAGGAUGCGCCUCGACUGCCGCCGCGCUCACCCGCUAUACAGUCUCCUGACCGCCCUCAGCCGACCUGA